AUGGUUCUAAUUUAUUUCAUCUACUCUCUCAAACAAACCAUCGCCCGCAAUCGCUUAGAAAAAAACAAGCCCCCAAACACCAACCAGAUCAGCAGCGACAGUGGAGGUUGUAGCAACAGCAGCAGCGACAGUGGAGGUUGUAGCAACAGCAGCAGCGACAGUGGAGGUUGUAGCAACAGCAGCAGCGACAGUGGAGGUUGUAGCAACAGCAGCAGCGACAGUGGAGGUUGUAGCAACAGCGACAGUGGAGGUUGUAGCAACAGCAGCAGCGACAGUGGAGGUUGUAGCAACAGCAACAGCGACAGUGGAGGUUGUAGCAACAGCAGCAGCGACAGUGGAGGUUGUAGCAACAGCAACAGCGACAGUGGAGGUUGUAGCAACAGCAACAGUGGAGGUUGUAGCAACAGCAGCAGCGACAGUGGAGGUUGUAGCAACAGCGACAGUGGAGGUUGUAGCAACAGCAACAGCGACAGUGGAGGUUGUAGCAACAGCAACAGCGACAGUGGAGGUUGUAGCAACAGCAACAGCGACAGUGGAGGUUGUAGCAACAGCAGCAGCGACAGUGGAGGUUGUAGCAACAGCGACAGUGGAGGUUGUAGCAACAGCAGCAGCGACAGUGGAGGUUGUAGCAACAGCGACAGUGGAGGUUGUAGCAACAGCAGCAGCGACAGUGGAGGUUGUAGCAACAGCAGCAGCGACAGUGGAGGUUGUAGCAACAGCAACAGCGACAGUGGAGGCUGUAGCAGCAGCGACAGUGGAGGCUGUAGCAGCAGCGACAGUGGAGGCUGUAGCAGCAGCGACAGUGGAGGCUGUAGCAGCAGCGACAGUGGAGGCUACAUGUCAUCCAACAACGUGUCAUCCAACAACAUGUCAUCCAACAACAUGUCAUCUACGUGCAUAUAG